AUGGCGCAAACCAUUAAGAGAUCAGGAAGCCGCAGUACAUUCUUCGUUAGUAAUGUGCACUGCUCUUCCUGCGUCGCCUAUAUCAACCAGGUUUUGUCGGGUAUCACUGGCAUACUAGAUGUCGACGUCUCUAUUUUCACCCACGAGGUGUUUGUCGUCCAUACACCGGAAACAAGCCCCUCCUCCAUAGCUCGGAUCUUAGCUCAUGCCGCAUUUGAAGUACACCAUGUCACGACUAGAGAUCCAACAGGCGUUGUUCUCUCCGACUUUGAUAUAGAAUCACGGUUGUCUCGCAACUCGACCCUUUUCACCACCAGCCCCUCGCUCACAAGCUGGAAAGACAAGGGAAAGCACCUCGCCAACUGCGAUGCCUGCAGGAAUGAAGAACUGGAACAGUCCGUUGCGCGACUGGAUGAGAAAUCUCAACAUCUCCUAGGCCCUCAAGAUUUAGAAACUGGGGGUGAGUCGGUACUGAGGUUAGAACCCUCAGCAGAGCAGAUAAGGAAGUUCCACGCUCGCAUAAGCAUCGUGGGAAUGAGCUGUGCCUCAUGCUCUAAUUCCAUCACAAACGAAAUCCGCCAACUUGACUUCAUCGAUGAUAUAACCGUCACUCUUCUUUCGAACAGUGCAACUGUGGUCUACCAGGGGCCCCGGUCGAAGGUUGACGAGAUAAUCGCGCAUAUUGAAGAUAUCGGAUUUGAAGCCUCGCUGGACGAAGUCAAUCCUAUCGACGCCGAGACGCCGCAGAAACAAAGCCGAAGAUACAUUGCAGAAAUUGCAAUUGGUGGUAUGACAUGCGGCUCUUGCUCCGGAACUAUUACUCAAAGCUUAAAUGGGUUACCAUUCGUGGUUGAUGCCGUGGUGAACCUGAUAUCUCACAGUGCUCAAGUCGAACUGGAUAAUCAGGAUCAUGCGCCCUUGAUCGUCGAAAAAAUUGAAGACUUGGGAUACGAUGCCUUACUGGUCAGCAUACUUCCAAAGGCCGCUGAGCGUGAGACUGUGGCGGAAAGAAGGACGGUAUCUUUCCGUAUCGAGGGCAUGUUCUGCCAUCACUGCCCUGACAAAGUCUACAAUUUGAUGAAGGAGAUGCCUGACGUUGAAUUCGAUGACACGCUAUCCGUUAAAAAUCCGAUUCUGAAGAUAACUUACACCCCCAAUUCUCCCUUACUCACAGUGAGGUCCAUACGCCAGAAGAUUGAGAGCGCCCACAAUGCAUUCAAGUCGACUGUUUAUCGGCCUCCGAGUGUCGAGGAUAGAUCUCGAGAAAUGCAGCGCCGGGAAAGAAGUCGUUUGCUGUCUCGCUUUCUGUUUGUUUUGGCAGUGGCUAUUCCUGAAUUCAUAAUUGGAAUCGUCUUCAUGAGCCUUGUUUCGGCUGAAAACCAUGUCCGACGAUAUCUAGAACAGCCAAUGUGGUCGGGUAGCGUGUCCCGCAUGGAAUGGGCUCUCUUCAUCAUGACUACGCCGGUCAUGUUCUACGGAACAGAUGUCUUCCACGUGCGUGCGGCGAAGGAGAUAAUCUCUUUGUGGCGUCCUGGAAGCCGCGUGCCCUUCCUUCGAAGAUUCUAUCGGUUCGGCAGCAUGAAUCUCUUAAUCUCUGCGGGAACAUUGGUAGCCUAUGUUUCCUCAUUGGCUAUCCUCAUCAUGGAUGCCAUGACUGAAAAUAAGUCUGAUAUGCAUAGCUCGAACUAUUUCGACACCGUCGUCUUUUUGACCUUGUUCAUUCUUGCCGGCCGAUAUAUGGAGGCAUAUAGCAAGGGCAGGGCCGGUGAUGCAGUUGCAUCCCUUGGGAAAUUGCGCCCGUCCGAGGCUUUGCUUGUGAUGAACAACUCCAACCUAUCCGACCCGGAUCAGGUCCAGAGAGUCAAUAUCGACUUGCUGGAGGUUGGCGACGUGGUCCGAGUUCCGCAUGGUGCCUCGCCCCCGGCGGAUGGUAGAGUUACAGGAACGGGAUCAUAUCAAUUUGAUGAAAGUUCACUGACGGGAGAAUCAAGGCCGGUGAACAAAUCCGCUGGAGAUCAGGUUUAUACUGGGUCUGUGAACGUCGGACAACCGGUCGAGUUCAAGAUCACUGCCAUCGGCGGGUCAUCGAUGCUCGAUCAAAUCAUUGCCGUGGUGCGAGAAGGUCAGAGUAAACGCGCCCCGCUUGAACGUGUAGCAGAUAUGCUCGUUGCUCACUUCGUACCUGUCAUUACGCUCAUUGCUGUUCUGACGUUCGUGAUUUGGGUUUCUCUUGGCGUCUCUGGAACGUUGCCGGCGGACUAUCUUGACGUGAACCGUGGCGGUUGGCCUUUUUGGAGUCUUGAAUUUGCCAUUGCUGUAUUUGUUGUCGCAUGUCCCUGUGGUCUUGCACUUGCUGCUCCAACAGCGCUGUUUGUUGGAGGAGGGCUGGCUGCACGAUAUGGUAUCCUGGUCAAAGGUGGAGGUGAAGCCUUCCAAGAGGCAAGUCGCCUUAACGCAAUUGUCUUCGACAAAACUGGCACUCUGACGGAAGGAGGGAGUCUUCGGGUGUCUGAUCAUGAAGCGUUAAUCACCGACCCCAGUCAACUGCAGGUUGCCUGGGCCGUUGCACGAAAGCUGGAAGAAAGCAGCAACCACCCAAUUGCCCGUGCCAUAGCCGAUUUUUGUGAAACGCAGCCCGCAGUUUCGAUUGCCAGUGCCGAGAUAGAAGAAAAGUUGGGGCAGGGAAUGCAAGGAAGAUUUAGCGUAUCGAUCUCAGAUUCGAGUGAUAAAACGGAGACAACCCGCCGAUUCGAAGCCUCCAUCGGCAACCAGCGUCUAUACCAAAGCCUUUCUUCCCCCGACCAGGACCACUACUACCUCUUUAACAUCCUUUCCAAGUACCAGGCAACUGGCAGGUCAACCGCCGUUCUAUCCCUGCGAGAGAUAAACGCAACCGAAAAUGAUACCCAAUCUCGAGCGGGAACCUACUUCUUCCCUGCCAUCGUCUUCGCAAUCUCCGAUACAAUUCGACCGGACGCAGAAAUGGUUGUUUCGAAGUUAAAACAACGCAAGAUAAAUGUGUUCAUGUGCACAGGCGAUAACGAGACCACUGCCCAUGCUGUUGCCGACAUGAUAGGAAUUCCUCGAACCAACGUGCUUGCCAACACUCUGCCAGCUGGGAAAGCGGAUUUCGUCCGUCAAGUACAAACUGGACAAUAUCCUGCACCAGAGGAGAGCCUCACAAGCUCAUACCAGAAUAAAGGCAUGACAUCCCGCUCCCGACCAAUUGUCGCUUUCGUGGGCGAUGGAGUGAACGACUCGCCAGCCCUCACUGCGGCCGAUGUGAGCAUUGCCAUGGCUUCGGGGUCCGAUGUAGCCAUUAACUCAGCAAGCUUCAUCCUCCUAAACUCGGAGCUCGACACGAUUCUCCAACUCGCCUUGCUCAGCCGUCGUGUGAUCAAUCGCAUUAAGAUGAACUUUGGAUGGGCGGUUAUCUAUAACCUCUGCCUUGUGCCUGUUGCAGCAGGAGUCUUCUAUCCCAUCGUUAGUGGACACAAGAUGAAGAUGGUCGGAGACGAGAUGGUUAUGGUCGACUCGCACUGGCGACUGAGCCCUGUCUGGGCGGCGCUCGCGAUGGCUCUGAGCAGUAUUUCGGUGGUCUGCAGUAGUUUGGCGUUGGCGAUUGAGAAGAGAUCCUUUGUUAGGAUUUGGGAAUGGUUGACGGCUAAGUUGGAACGUGGGAAUUAA